AUGUUCAACUCUACAAGAUUUGUAUUUCAUAUGUACUCGUUGCCGUCUGUUAAGCAGAGAUCUGCUGCAGUCAAUUACUGUGUGAAAACUGUUUAUAAUGGAAAUAAGUUUAUAAUAAGCAGAAAAUUAUUCGAGAACGACCAGUGUACGCAAAAGAACAAUGCAACCACAACCACAGAACCGGACAUUAAAUGGGUAUCGAAUUUGACUCUUUAUCACGAGCUAUUGGAUGUGAACAAUGACGGUGUUGUAUCUAUUGAAGAUUUAAAGGAGCUGACCGAACGUUUUUCAAAAUUAAACAACAUGACGGACGAACAAAGUUUUUUGUUUAGCAGAGUAAUUGAAAACUUAUGGUACAAACAUUGGGGAUGCAUUGAUCCAUUCGAUUACGUUACGGUAGAGAAAUAUUUGAAGUAUAUUCAAUACGUAAAACAAAACGACGAGGGUCUGAAAGAUGAAGUUAUUCAACUUUUACCAUAUUUGUUUAAGACUGUUGAUAAAGACCAAAAUGGUGACAUUUCAAAAGAAGAAUAUAUUAAAUUUUUAGAAUGUAUUGGGACAUCAAAGAAGGCCAACUUAAUAAAGUCAUUGGGCAUUGUAAACGACAAAGAUGAAAUGAUUAAACUGGAAGAUUUAAUGUUGGUUAUAAAAAAGCAUUUGUUUCACAAUAAAGAUAAAAUGUAAGAUCAAGAUGCAACAAUAAACAACGGCAACGUCAGCUAUAAGUACAACUAA